UCCUCUCGACUGUGUUUGACUGCUGGUCUCUGCGCACCUGCGCGAGCGCGGAUAGCGUGACCGAUGGCGGAAACCAAACCCUAGCGAGACCCUAUCCGGCACCAUGGUGGGUCGAGAACACCGACGCUCCUCCUCCUCCGCCUUCUUUUUCUGCCUCGCCUGCCUACUCUGCUUCCUAGGUAUCGCCUUCGGGUCGGGCGACGCUGGCGAUUUGGAGCUCCUGAUGUCAUUCAAGGCCGCGGUCGCCAACCCUCAGCUGCUCCCCAGCUGGGACCACCUCGGCGGUGGCCCCUGCUCCUUUUCCGGCGUCAUCUGUAGCCCCGGCGGCCGCGUCGCAGGUGUCGUGCUGCAGGGCGUCUCACUCGGCGCCGACUUCCGCGCUGUGUCGUCCUCAAUCCUCGCCCUCGGUGGCCUCGAAAGCCUCUCCCUACGUGCUGUGAACCUCACUGGGGCCCUUGACGGUGGCCGGUGCGGCGGCAGGCUCUCCGACAUCGAUCUCUCCGGCAACGGCCUCUGGGGUUCCCUCGCCGAGAUCUCCUCUCUCGCCGCGGCUUGCCCCGGGCUGAGAUCGCUCAAUCUCUCUGGCAACUCCGUCGGGGUUCUGCCGGCUGCUGCAGUGAAAGAUGGUCAUGUCGUCGUCGGGUUCGAGAUCGAGACGCUUGACCUCUCCUUCAACAAGGUCUCCAGAGAGGACGAACUCCGGUGGCUCCUCUCCAACCUGGGCUCUGUCCGCCGCCUCGACCUGGCCGGGAACCGCUUUUCCGACGGGAUUCCGGCCAUUCCCAACUGCUCCUACCUUCAGCACCUGGACCUUUCGAUGAGCGGCCUCUCCGGCGAGAUCAGCGUCGGGGUCUUCAGUGGCUGUCGGAGCUUGACCUACUUGAAUCUCUCCUCCAACCACUUCACCGGUACCCUCCCCUCCGACCUCUCCUCCUGCACUUCCUUGGUCUCUCUCAGUCUUUCCAACAACAACUUCUCCGGCGAGUUACCCCUUGAAACCCUCAUCUCGAUGCCGCAUCUCAAGACCCUUGAGCUCGCCUUCAACAAUCUCACCGGCAGCCUCGGCGACUUGAUCACCAAGAUGCCGAUGCUCGAAGUGCUCGACCUCAGCUCCAACUCCUUGACGGGAUCGAUCCCCUCGGAGUUGUGCCCGAGCCCAAUCUUCGGCUUGGUGACGCUCUACUUACAGAACAACCAGCUCACUGGCCGCAUCCCAGAGUCGCUGAGCAAUUGCACCAAGCUCGUCUCCCUGGAUGUCAGCCUCAAUUACAUUGGCGGAGCCAUUCCUUCCACGCUCGGCUUGCUCCCUUCGCUUUGUGAUCUCAUCAUGUGGCAGAAUUUGCUGGAGGGUGAGAUCCCACCGGAACUUUCCAAUAUCCGAACCCUCAAGAACCUCAUCCUUGACAACAAUGACCUCACUGGGUCGAUCCCUGCCACCCUUGUCAAUUGCACUAGCUUGAAUUGGCUCUCUCUGUCGAGCAACCGCCUGAGCGGAUCGAUCCCCUCAUGGAUUGGCCAGCUUCGCAAUUUGGCCAUUCUCAAGCUCGGCAACAACUCCUUCUCCGCUUCGAUCCCUCCUGACCUCGGGGAUUGCAGGAGCUUGAUAUGGCUGGACCUCAGCAACAACCAGCUCAAUGGAUCGAUUCCCCCAGCCCUGGCCGACCAGUCUGGCAAGAUUGCGGUGGGCUUAGUCACUGGUGAGCCUUACGUGUAUCUGAAGAACGAUGGCACCAGUGGAUGCCGUGGAACAGGCAAUCUACUCGAGUUUGGCGGGAUCCGACCAGAGGACCUCGAUCGAUUGCCCAGCCGACAGUUUUGUAACUUCACGAGGGUCUACAAGGGGAUUACCCAGUAUACCUUCAAUAAUAAUGGCUCGAUGCUCUUUCUCGAUCUCUCUUACAAUCAGCUCAGUGGAGAGAUCCCCAAAAAGUUCGGCAGCAUGUACCACCUUCUGAUCUUGAACUUGGGCCACAAUAUGCUCUCUGGUCCGAUACCACCAGAAUUGGGGAGCUUGCGGUAUGCUGCAGGGUUGGAUCUCUCUCAUAAUGCUCUUGAGGGGCCGAUUCCACCAUCGUUCUCUGGCCUUGCAAUGUUGUCCGAGAUUGAUCUCUCAAACAAUAAGCUCAAUGGGUCUAUUCCUGAACUAGGUCAGCUGGCGACCUUCCCCCGGUACCGCUACGAGAACAAUUCAGGCCUCUGUGGGUUUCCUCUCCCGUCUUGCAAGGACCUUGCUGGGCCUAAAUCAAGCACUCAACACGGGAGGUCUCACCAUGGUCAAGCCUCUCUUGCCGGGAGCAUUGCAAUGGGAUUGCUUUUCUCCCUGUUCUGCAUUUUUGGUCUAGCCAUAAUCAUAAUUGAGACAAAGAAGAGGCGAAAGGAGAAAGACAACAGUAACUGCUCAAGGGACAUUUAUUUUGAUAGCCGAUCUCCCUCAAACACCACCAGUUUGAACUGGAAGCUGACUGCCACCAAGGAUGCAUUGGCUAUCAACCUUUCCACAUUUGAGAUGCCUCUCAAGAAUCUCUCUUUUGUGGAUCUGGUUGAGGCAACCAAUGGCUUCCACAAUGACUUCCUGAUAGGUUCUGGUGGAUUUGGUGAUGUUUACAGAGCCCAGCUGAAGGAUGGUAGUGUUGUUGCCGUCAAGAAAUUGAAACAUGUGAGUGGGCAAGGUGAUCGAGAGUUCACAGCUGAGAUGGAGACCAUUGGGAAGAUCAAGCACUGCAACCUGGUUUCCCUUCUGGGCUACUGCAAAGUUGCAGAAGAGCGGCUUUUGGUCUAUGAGUACAUGAAAUAUGGGAGCCUAGAAGAUGUGUUGCAUGAAUGCAAUAAGGUAAAAAUCAAGCUGAAUUGGGCAGCGAGGAGGAUAAUUGCUCUGGGGGCAGCCAGAGGUUUAGCAUUCUUACACCAUGACUGCAUUCCUCACAUAAUUCACAGAGAUAUGAAGUCCAGCAAUGUUCUUCUUGAUGACAGCUUGGAAGCCCGGGUCUCAGAUUUUGGCAUGGCGAGACAGAUGAGUGCAGUGGACACACACUUGAGUGUGUCUGCACUAGCAGGUACACCUGGCUAUGUCCCACCCGAAUACUAUCAGAGCUUUCGAUGCACCACCAAUGGCGAUGUUUACAGCUAUGGUGUUGUCUUGCUCGAGCUGCUCACUGGAAGACGGUCGACAGGCUCCACAGACUUUGGAGACAACAAUUUGGUGGGGUGGGUGAAGCAGCACUCAAAGCUCAGAAUAAGUGAUGUAUUUGACCCAGAGCUACUGCAGGAGGACCCGCACCUGGAGCUGGAGUUAUUAGAGCACCUUAAGAUCGCUUGUGCCUGCCUCGAUGAUAGGCCGCUGAGGCGACCCACAAUGCUAGAGGUGAUGACAAUGUUGAAGAGUAUACAGGCAGGUUCAACUGUGAACACCAUGUAUUCAGCCCCUGCAGCCUCGAAUGGGGGCUGCUGUGACGGGGAUAUGACCCUGACGGAUGGGAGAGAAGCAAAAGAGUAGAGAAGGGGAUAAAUUCAAGAGGACAGGAUCUUUCUGCAGGAAGGAGCUGAUUGCCUUCACAAAGGCUCCCCGGACAAAUAUGGUCUGUAGCAGUGAGAGAAAAGCGGGGCGGCGGGUCGCUGGUGGCUGCUUGCUCUGCACACUUGCAUGGAGGACAUGGAGGAGCAGGAAGGCACAAGGACCAAUGGGAGAAAGCAUCAAAGCCACGCCCAAGUAUGAAUCAUGCUUUCAAGGAGUAGAUUGUGUCAGGCGCGAUGAACAGGUUCGAGCUGUGGAAGAUCUUGGGUUGCUGAACAUUGCAACAGUGACAGUCCAAGAUUCCAAUGAAGCAUAUCAUGUGAUGUGCCAACCAAGUGGAAAAGCUCACCACAUCUCCAAUGCCACUUGCUCCUCCACAAAAGAAGAUACUCUCAAUCCUGUCCAUCACCAAGAAAGGGACAAGGCACACCAACCUGUGGACAAAGCAGUGCCCAAUGGCCUCCACCUGAGCUGGUUAGUGGAAGGUUUCUUUUGUACCUCUCUUCUCAAUAGUAGGUAACCAUCGCCAGGUACUAGUCUUCAGUGCUGCUUCUUAUAUGCUAUAAUCUAUUCAAUGUUUUAAUGAUGAAGUCAAUCAACAUUAAGAUUAUGCUGCAGUUACAUCUGGAAUUUGAGUUGCAUUAUAAUUGGAUGAUUUCAGUGUCUGGCAACUGAUCACUGGAACCACAGAGUCAUAUGCCAAAGACAAGUGGGUCAAGGGUAGAGAGAUACUAUCAUAUGGUGUACAGAAGAAUUGAUAUAAAAUUGUGGUGAAAAGGAGCCACCCAGUGGAUCCACCAGUUGUGCAGCAGAUGGCAGCCUGACAAUACCAAGAGCUUCCUAAGACUUGCAACCAUCACUAGCAGAAACAGAAAAAUGGCAAGAAAUCAAGAAAGCUUCUUGACUCACUAAGAGAGAGAGAGAGAGAGAGAGGAAUGGAUUGUUGAGAUACUAUAACUGUUCCAUGUUGUGGUGAGUGAUCCAGUUCUUUGAGGUAGAGUGCAACAGAAGACUUGCUUCGACUCGAAGGAUUCAGAAAUAGAGCAGUCUCAGCUUUAUACUUGCAGAGUAUUUGACAUCAAACAGUGAUGUCUACAGCUUCUCAGAUAUGCAUAUACAUACACAUGGGAAACAAUGCAUUGUUGGGCAAAGCAAAUAGAAGACCGGACAUGUCUGCAAGCCGAGCCGCACAAGAACGUAGGAAAGCACAAAAAAAGGGCAUCCAUUUAGCCAAGGAAGAGCGAAGGAUUCUUUACGUUUCCUUUCAUGUAAGGGAAGAUAAGGCAUCCCAAGGAGAGGUUUGGAAUGACCGCGACGCCAUGCAAAGCCACCGCAACGAACCGAGAAAGAAGAGGUGUACUAUAAAUACAGCAGCCGGCCUCCAAGCAUGCUGCACACGACACCAGCAGUUCAUCUUCUCUCUAUCAAUUUCCAUGGAUGGCUCGAGAGGACAGCCCAAGCAGCUGGUUUACCAGGAUCUGCAGCCACCCACCGAGUGGAAUGAGACCGCUCAUAAUCAUAUCAUCCGUGUUCUUCUUCCAGGUUUUAAGGCGGAAGACAUCAAGAUCCGUGUUGACGACGACUCCAGGAAGCUGAAGGUGAAGGGCAGGAGGCGUGUGGGUCAGGCUACGGUGGAGCGUUUUGAGCGUGAUUUCGACGUUCCUCAAGAUGCCGACCUCGAAAGGGUCGGUGGGAGGUUCCAAGAUGGCUGGCUUUCCGUCAUCAUGCCAAAGAAGAAGACACAAGAAACAGAAUCAACUCAGGUGGGUAUCUCACAGGAAGAAGAUAAGAAGAAGAAAGAGGAAGAGCCCAUCCUGCAAGAGAAGCCAGAGAGUGGUCAGCACAAGGCCGUCGAGAAGCCCAUAGACGGUGUUGGGAUCAAGGAAAGACAUUUCCCCAUGGGAAUACCAGCAGGUGGUGACAGGAAACAGGAAGAAGAGAAGGCAAAGAGUAGAACGGAGAGUGGAGAGAAGCCCAAGAGUUGCUGCACUAACAAAGAUGGCAGAAAGGAAGGUGUGAGUUGGAUGAAGAGGAUGAAGGGGAUGGAGGAGUGGGUCGACUCUCAAGUGGUGGAUAAGCUGGUGGAGAGCUUCAACAAGAACAGGAACGUCAUUGCUGCUGCAGCUGUAGGCUUCUCCAUUGGGUUCUACGUGUCCUUAAAGCUGAGGUCAAGCAGCAGAUGAGGCCAGCAAGCAUGCAGAAGCCAUGCGCAGUCUCACGUACUCCACUUUAACUUCCAGUUAUUGGUUUCUCAUGUUCUAUAUAAACACUACCACACUGUUCCCAUCUCCUGUAUUCUUCACAAUAACUAAAGAAAUCAAAACAAAUAGUAGAUAUUUGCUUUUAA